CUUGACACUCUUGACAGCUUGAUAAUACUGGUUCAGCAAUACUGUGGUGAAAGUUUGUUCCUGAACACAUAGAUUUGAUAAUAAUAAAAUCAUACAUUUAACUGAAAUCUUCAAUAUAUUUGCACGUUGAUCCGAAAGUAAAUUCUAAUCCUUAUUCAUUUUGUAUUUAUUUGCUAGAAUGGAGAAGAGAAAUUCAAAAUUAGAUAAGAUCUGGAGACAAUAUGAUUCUUUAAUACAGGAAAAAAAAACUCUUGAAGACAAUUUGAUUCUUGUUUUCAAUCAGAUACAUGUUUUUGUUGAUCAUGCCAGGAAAACUGGAAAUCCCAAAGAUCUUAAUGAAAUAUUGACACUUGAGUUAAAAAUUUUAAAAAAAUUGACUGAAUUCAGUAUGGAUUUAGAGAGAAUUCUUGAGGACAAAUCUGUUAGUAUAUCAGAAAUUUUAGAUAACUUUCACUGCAUAAAAAAUCCAAUUGGGAACAAGACUGAACCAUUUAAUGAAAAAUUUGAAUUAUCUGAGGUUAAAUGUGAAAUUGAAAUGCCUGCUCAACAUUCUGAACAUCGCUUAGUAGAUUCACCUGUUGAAUGUACAACAGAUAUUGAUGAAUCAUCUGCAACGAUAAUUCCAUUUCAAUUUUUUGAGUUGGGAUGUGAAAAUGAAAAGCAUCAAAAUGAUAUCCAGAACAUGAAAAAUUGCCUUGACAAUGUUAAUGCAGGAUUGGGACUAAACCAGCAGAGUUUCUCACAUGUGGGAGAUUUUUAUGAAAAUUCAUCAAUCGGUCUUAAUAAAACAAAUCAGAGUGACCUAUCCCAAAGGGUUGUUCCAGAAGAAGCUUCAUGCAACACCUCAAAAGGAGCCAUUUCAGUAGGGUUUGAAAUACCAGAGAGGGAUACUCUCAUAUCUGACAUAUUACAAUCAGAUCCUGACAAUAUAAGUUGUCCUGAAUCUAAAAAUUCACGUUUCAACACAAUCACCCAAACAGAUGAAGAAAUACAAGAUUCAGCUGGUGGAAAUUCCAUUUUCUGCAAUGAUAGUAGUGUCAGUGUUGAAACAAAAGUAUCAAAUAUAACCGACACUGAUUGUAUAUCAAGUAUGAGAAGCCAAUGUAAAACUCAAACAAACUCUGAUUAUAAGUAUUCUGGGAACAGUAGAGAUCAAAACCAAUGUUCUGUUAGGCAGUUUCAAAAUAAUGAAUCUACAGCAUUGCAAAAACUGAAUAAUUAUCAAUCGAAAAAAUCAAACCGUGAUUCAAUGGACAUUGAUCAAUUACCCGAUAUUUCUUUAAAACUCGUUAAAACAAAUCGAUCCAUUAGUUCUAAAUGUGUGACCUCUGAAAAUAAUACACAUCUGAAGAGACAGAAAAAGAAAGAGAAUUUAGAAAGUGAUGUGUGCAAAAGCAGUAAGCAGUGGCCUGGAAGCACAGUAAAAUUGGAUACACUUUAUGAGCCAAAACGUAAAAGGACUCCAAAAGUCGGAGAUGAGUGUGCCUUCAGUCACAUAGAGUCUCCCUCGGAAUUCUAUAUACAUAUAGAUGAUGAAGAAACUAGUAUGAUCGACAGCAUUAAUGAGCAAAGCAACGAGUAUUUUAAAGGAACAGUUUCAUCAUAUUGCAGUAAACGUGCGGCUGUAGGUGAUAUUGGUAAAUUUUGCUUUUCAUAUAUACCAGAUUAUCAUGGAUGGUUCCGAGUGGUGGUUUUGGACUGGUGUUUGAAUGAUACAGAAAACGUCCUAAUUCAACUUGCAGACUAUGGAAAUAUACGAAAUACGUCAUACAAAAACCUCAGGAAAAUGAUUAAAGAAAUUAGCGACAUACCGUUACUUGCGAUUCGAUGUCACUUUCCUCAGAUGUUUCCAUUUGGUUCAACAGCCAAUAAUAAGCUAACUGAUUGGCCAGAUGUUGCUAUAGAAGCUCUUAUAGGCUUAAGCAGGAAUAAUGAAAACCAAAAUAUGUUCAAAGUAGUGUAUGCAGAGAAAAAAUCACAAUCCGUUGCCAUUGACCUAAUCUGUACUCUGGAUGGAUCAAAAGAUACUGUUGGACAAAUAUUGAUGGAUAUGGGAAUAGCUGUACAGAUUUUUGAGGAACAUCAAUUAUGAUGAUUUUUCGAAUUGGACGAAAUUUAGUGAUAAAGGGAUCUCAAUUGGAAUAUACAUUAGUUCUAUAUGUUAUAUACGUUUAUAUUUUUAUUUAUACAUAUAUUGAUUGCGAAUUAAAAUAAUCUUUUU